CUUCGAUCAAAACACAAUCGUUUUCUUUUUCGCAGUUUUUUGUGUGAUUAGGAAUUUUGGGUUUUUUUUUUCCAGCUUUUCCUUGAUUGUUCAUUUUGCCAUGGCUGAAGAAAGUAUUGAUCCACUAAUAAUAAUUCCCGAAGAAAACGAAUCCGUCAUUAAUAAGAUGGGGGGCAAAACCCUUGUCGAAAAUCCAUCUUCUCCGAAAACUGCAAGAGGUAAAAAACCGGAUUCUUCGAAAAUAUUGCCCAUUUAUCUCAGAGCAUCGACCGGUUCUUGCCAUGAUCUCUGUAAAUUCGGAAGAAAACACGCGUCCGAUGAAAUUACGAGAAAGCCCCUACGCCUAAGAACUGCAAAAUCUGUCGAGAUCGUAGUCGUAGAUAAGCCAAAGGCUUGUGCGGAUAGUAUCAAGAAACAUUCACUUGUAGUGAAUGUAGUGAAGCCUUCUAGAACAAAAACUCGCUCGCUGAAUUCACCUACCGAGAAACCUAGUUCGUCGAACCCCCCUGAAAUUAUCAAGAGGGAAAUAUUACCUUCGUCUAGUGGUAAUCAAAUGUCGAGAACAGAUAAAACGGCGUACGAUCAUUCUGCGAAACGUUCUUUCGUAACGGCGAAACCUUUUAAUAAGGUUAAACCAUCGUUCGUUUCUGACAAUGUGGAUCGUGUGCAUGGAAAUCGGAGAAGAUAUAGCGAUGUCCAAACGAGCAAGAAGAUGACAUCAUCCUCUAUGUCAGCAAAGAAAGCACUGCUGCCUAUAACUGCUUCUUCUUCGUCUCCUAAGUUUGUUAGGGGUAAGAUUGUAAUAUCGGGCAACACUAGGAAAACCAGAACAUCGCUAAAAUCGAUGUCUCCUUCGAAGAAUGGAAGUGGAACACACAGUGUUGGUGAGGAUUGUGAGAAAAUUUUGCAUGUUGUAGAGAAUAAUGCCGUGGAAGAAUCUCCGUCAUUACCUAAUUAUUCGUCAAAUCCGGACUUUGAUUCUUCGUUAUCUCGUGAAAAAGAAAAAGACGAUGAGCGUAUUAAGUACGGUGAGACUGAAUUCGAAGAUGUCUUUGUCUCUGACAAAAACAUAGUACAACCUCCGGCAGAGAGUCACGACUACAUUGGUAAUGAAUUUGCGGCUGACGAAAUUGUGUCCAUUUCAUCGAAAGAGAUUCGAGAAGAGACUUUGGAAAUGGGAGCAGAGAAUAAUGCAGUGGAAUUGGAGUCUUCGUCUCGUUCAGACUCUGCAUCUUUGUCUUCUUGUGAAGACGAAGACGAAGACGAAGACGAAGAAGAAGAAGAAGAAGAAGAAGAAGAAGAAGAAGAAGAAGAAGAAGAAGAAGAAGAAGAAGAAGAAGAAGAAGAAGACGAAGAGAUCAAGAACGGUGACGAAGAAUCGAAGAUCGAAACUACAAAACAGAAUCCAAACAAGACACUCAGAAAGAAUAAGUUGGAUCUUUCCGAAGAUAAAAAUCGCUCCCCUAUAAAGUUAAAGUUCCGCAGCGGAAGAACAGUGGACCUUCGACCGGAGAAUAACACCCCACGAAGACUCAAAUUCAGGAGGGCAAAAAUCAACACUAACAACAAACCCGAUGAAUUUGUCUCCGACAAAAACAAGUCUAUCGGGAGAAACAACAACAGUACACAAGAUGCAAAAGUGAAUCAAAACAAGACUUCAAUAAGAAAGAAUAAAGUGGCCGUUGUUUCCGAGGACAAAUAUCGGGCCCCACGCUCUCCCGUGAAUUUAUUCAAAAGUCAAAGAAAAGUUGACCAACAAUCGGAUAUUACAAACACUCCAACAAGGCUGAGAUUUAGCAAGGCCAGAGCUUCCCAAAGGGCCGACGAGAGCAAACCCGAAGAUUCUAGAAGAACCCAUAGAAAAAGUGGAAGCAGAGACGAUGCUGGUUUUUCGGUAAUUUCGUCACGAAAGUUGGUUCUGAAGCAUCAAGAUUUGGAAGGGAAGAAAGAUGAUCAAGGGUUAUUAAACAAUGUGAUUGAAGAAACUGCGAGUAAACUUGUCGAAACGAGGAAAAGUAAGGUUAAAGCUUUGGUCGGAGCUUUCGAAACGGUGAUUUCUCUACAAGAGCGUAAGCCUUCUCGACGCAGCUGAGUGAUGAGAAUGUUAUAUA